AUGUCUCGGCGAUUAAUUCCAUUUGCUCGUCCGGUUACAACAGCAUCUUCAAACUCCAGUGGAAGUAUAAUCAAAUCGGUCCUGUUAGGCAUCCCAGGGCAGCAUAAAACGAAAUUGGCCGAUCAAAUCGUCACCAAUUUUAAUUUCGUUCACCUGUGCAUCCCGCAAAUUAUAUCCGGACGGGCUCGCGAUGGCUCAACCGUAAGUAAGGUCUUAAGGAUUUCGCGUAAUCUCAAAUUACAAGUACCCGACGACUACACGGUGAAGUUUGUCACGAAUGAGGUCACGUUGCAAGAUGACAAGUCAUUUGUCAUCACCGGGUUCCCCUCUACUUUAAACCAAGCCAACCUCUUUUGGAAAGUGUACAAGCUUAACAUGGUCAUUUAUCCGGACUACUCCUCCGAAGACUACGUACGAAUUCUGCUGGAAGGCUCCAAACGGGUUGCCGACGGUGACGAGCGGAUGAAGCUGCGAAACGUUAGGAACGUCAUCAAGAGGUAUACUAGGAGAAUUGGACCAAUUCUGAAGUACUACGAGCGUGAGAAGGUCCUGUGCAGCUGCUCGGCGAGUACGGAGUCGGAAAUGUGGGAGAAAGUGAGGAAUGAAAUUAGCAAACGUGUUGGACUAAAUGUGAAAGGAGAAAUAAAGCUUGCCUGA